CAGAUAUAGUUGACAAAUACGACCGAGUAAGCGGCCGUCUAUGUUACCCGCACCUCCGGUGUUCGCUAACGAAGAAAUGGAUGCGGUACGCGUGGAUCAAGACAAGCACGUUUUCCAUCGACAACCACGUGAUCGGAUUGCCGGAGACCAAGUCGAUGUCUGAGGACGGCAUCAUGCAACACGUGAAUGACAUAAUCGCGUCACAUAUACCGUCUGAACUGCCGCAGUGGCAGAUUACCAUGAUCCCGGUAAGCGAAGACUCGUUUUAUCUUCUAGUCCGGAUCCAUCACCUGUAUUCAUCUGAGGAUGGUGUCGGGUUGAGUGACCUAUUGCUAUUGAAACCGGACGAUGGUGGCCUGAAACACGGUGAAGCGGCAUCGGUGUCGUCAUCGUCAGGCCAACACGCAGAUGCCGACAGUAUCCAGAACAUCCUAUCGACCGUGUACCAGGCGCCGACAGCGUUACCCAGACUCAGCGAACACCUGUCAGAGAUCUGUGCCAACACGUGGAACGAACUGGUAUCCACAUACGAUCCGCUGGAAAACCCGAAGGUGUUCGGACGCCGACCGAACGUCUUUAUUUUUGGCACCAUGCUGGUGAUCGUGACCGCGUCCGCGGCCAGGGACAAAACCACCAAACGGAACUUUGCCCACAAGUUGAAACGGGAAAUGACACGCCGCGACAUUCGGUUCCGGUACAUGUGCGAGAGUCUGGUUAACACGUUCCACCCAGCCCUUUGGGUGUCAUUCACCUGGUGGUUGCUCGUCAAGUGCAUACUCCGGUUGCCCAUCACCUUGCUGCUGAUGGUCAAGAACACGUCCACGUACGUGUACUGGACGUACGUGCUGCUGUACUCGGUGUCCGAGCUCAUGUAUUUGGCCCGACUCAUAUACUAUGCGCCAAGCACCGUCAUCCGAGAACUGGUUUUGCCAUUCUUCGGCGGCUCAGACCGCGGAGCCAUGCCUGCUCCGGAAGGUAGUAAGUGCGUGUGCUGGUCGCGGCCCAUCGACCUGGACCUGGUCAACACAAUACACGACAACACGGGCGCGGCUACGUGCGAGAUCCAACUGUCCAUGUUGGCCGCCGCCCUCCAGGAGUACUUCGCCGUUGCUGGGCUCCGAUUCCCCAAGAAUGUGAUGACCACCACACGGUUCGUGUCCAAGGCCAACCUAUUUCAGCUCAACAACCGGCACGUGGUCACCAACGGGCUACUGGCCCUUCCACUACCCAUGGACACCGACCGUGAUCCGAURUACAGCCUGCACCAGAUGCAGGAGUGUCUGCAGGAGGCCAUCGGAAACCAGACGGCCUUGUACAUAGCGUCCAUGUGGCAGAUCGACCACAGCCUGGCCACGUCGUUCUUACCAUCGCCGAUGGUCAGCUACGGGUUGCACUUGCUGUCCAAGAAGUUCCCGCUGACCGUCACCUACGUCGAGGAACACAAAUUGGACCGUAAGCGCCGAAUGCUGUUGUGGGGCCAAGAGGUGGAUGCCAUCUUAUACUGGAGACCACCGCAGGCCAACGUCUGCAUGUCUUUAUCAAUAAUUAACUACGGCGGACAUUUGAGACUGGCAGUGAUGGCCGACGCGAAUAUGAAUCCUCCGUGUAAAGAGAUUGUGUCCAAGUACGAAGGAAAUAUCCCUGAGUUUAUAACCGCCGCUGAGAAUUAUGCGAAAAUUGUCAAUACUUCAGAUUAGUCUAGUAUUUUUAUACAUUUGUAUUAGGUUUAUAUUAAAUAAUAUUGAAAAAUCAA